AGCGAAGAAAUUUGGUUUGAAAUUCUAAAUCAGGAAUUUAAACAUGGAUUGAAUACAUAUAAACUAUAUUCUGAUAACAGUGCAUCAGGAAAUUACGUCGUUGAAAAUGUUCGCAUGUCCGUGGGCAAAAUAGUUUUCACACACAACUUUUUAAACGAAAGUAAAAAAAAGUUUUUCAGAAUUAAUGAACAUCCCGCAGUUUUGAGGGCUCAAAUAAUAGCUCCGGAAGAAAUUAAUAUCGGAGAGCAGCAAUAUUUUCUCGUUCAAAUAUUCACUGGCCUGACUAGUGUCACUAAAGGUUCAUUAAUAUUGGAACCUUUGUCUGAAGGGUUAACAUUUCCAACGACCAACAAGUAUCAUACCGUCACUAGAUCUGUUAAUAGUAUGUAUUCAUUAAAGAUUGUCACUGCUGAUGAUGUAAUAUCACACGACAUUCUUUCGGAGGAGGAUUUGGAAGUGUUGGAAAAUGGGCAUAUAGAAUUACCUUCGUUGCAUACGAACCAAUUAAGCCAGUUCAAAGUACCAUACGAUUGUAAUUGGGGUGCUAUUGAACAUAAGGUGAAAGUUACUGUUGAAUAUGAGAGUAAAGGAAAAUCGCGUGUAUUCACAUCCUUAGAUACUGUCAAAGUUUGGUUACCCUUAUCGGUUACAGAAUUAAACAUUUUUAGAGAUGAUUGUUUAUUUGUAAAGAUGGACAUCACGUUAAAUGGAAGUAUUCCGAUACGAAUUCUUGAAACUUCCCUGGCUCCGUCAAAAGUGUAUGAUGUGGUGGAUGAUCCAGCUGUAUCGACGCCGGUUAUAAAUUUAUUUGCCAAGCAACAUGCCUCAUUUGUUUACAAAUUAACUAGAUCAAAAGAUUAUGAUCAUGGAGAACAUGCGAAAUCACCAAGUACCAAAGUUCAUUUCGUAGUCACAUACCGAACACUUCAAAAUGGUAAGGUGGAGAAAUAUAUAGAGCAUACUUUAAAUAAGAUUUUGAAAGCUAGAAAUUUAUUACAACAUUCACGGUUCCUUCUCGAGAAUGCUAAAGAACAUUUACUUAAAUCAGUAGACUAUGUCUCAUAUGGAAUGUCAGAUACAUUAGAUUUGGGUGAAUUGGAUGUUUCGCAGUGCGUGGCUUUGUUUACGAGCCAUGGUAGCUUCAAAGAAUCGUUAAUAGAGGUUGUCAAGGAAUUUUGGCAGGUCUGCAAUAAAGCCGUAUAUGAUGACAUUGCAGCUGUUGCUAAUCAUGACAAAUCCUCAAUAUCAUUUCCUGUUGAUGUACCUUCAUCUAAAGUGCUAAAUACUGUGGAAUUGAUUAUAUCAAAACCUAAUGAUUUGGUAGUUGGAGAGCCAUGUCAUUGUCGCUUGAUUAUUCGACAUUCAUCAUACUGGAAUCAUACAUCAUUAACAGAGCACAAAGACACUUUUGAAUUCUUUUAUGAUGUCCAUGUAGAUUUUGAUAAUUGGCUAUUGGCUGGGCAUAAGAAACUAUGUUUCUCAUCGAAAGUUGGGGAAACUAAGGAAUUUCCAAUAACCCUCGUCCCUCUGAAAACAGGAAGCCUCCUUGUACCCCUCAUCCGAAUUGCUAGUCCCUCUCAAAAUAUGUUUUCUGAAACUGUUUAUCUUAACAAUGCUGAACAAGUUCUCGUCCGACCCCGAACACAAUCUGCAACAUUCUUUAUUGAACAGCAACAUCGAAUUCAUUCUCUUCAUUCAGCUACAGGAUUUGGUGCACCUGAACAUCAUAAUGAUACGGGUCUAGAUGAGAUUAAUAUGGAUUGA